AUGGACCGGCAAUUACGAUUGGACACCUCUUUUGGUGCGGGAACUCAAAGAUACUCUUUCAUCGAGACGCCGUUGGAAAUGAAUCCUUCGCGACAAAGGAUAGAGCGACAAGUACCACUGCCGGAGUCAGAGACAAAAGCCGAUGCUUGUCCGGUUCAGCAGCAAAACACCGCGACAGAAGACGUUCAACCAUCGUUCAAUGAGAAGGCUCAACUUCAGCAUGAGUCUGCUGCAUCUGUCUACCCCGGUAGUCCGCCCAUUGAGCAACACCCUGCGCACUAUGCUCCCUAUGCAGAGGAUGCGCCACAACAAGCGCAGUUUGAUACCGUUGCACCAGCAUACUCGUACAGCGCCGGCCCCGACCCACGUCCAGUCAAGACGGACCCUGAUGCGUCAGGUCAGUUCUCAGAGUCUCGGCAGAUAACCGUUGCACCUGACGAGAACCCAUUGCAUUCUCCUCGCCUGCCACGCCUUCCUCCACCGAUCAUGACCAGCGCACCACAUCCAACUACGCCAAUGUCUUAUCAUCAACCGGGGCAGGUCGCACACCCCAACCAAGUCGUCAAGGGUGGGACAUGGAGUCAUGGUUUAUGUGAAUGUUCCAGCAUUGGGACAUGUUGUCUUGGACUCCUGUGUCCAUGCAUACUCUACGGGAGGACGCAGUAUCGCCUUUCGAUGAAAGGCAAAAAGGAGAACCCAACCAACAUGCUAGGCCACGAGACAUGCAACGGCUCGUGUACGGCAAUGGCUUUGCUAUGCGGAUGUCAAUGUGAGUUUCUCAGUCAUACUGAAAGUAAAGGUUCGAUAUUGACUUUGAAAUAG